CCCCACCCCAUCAUCAUCACCAUCAAAGCUCUCUCUCUCUCUCUCUUCUCUAUCAGUUCCAAGUUUGAAAUUCUCCGUAUGAACACUUCUCCACACGGCAUUGAAACUCUAAUUUUUCCCUACUUUUUUGUGCUUAUUUUAACUGUUCUUGGUACUAUUUAUCUUCAAGAACCCAGAAAUCUUUGGUUGUAACGAAGAUGAGCGAGAACCCAAAUCCGAAAGCCAAGAAUCCAACGACCCACUCCGAUUUCUUGAAGAGAUUCAAGCCGCGGCUGAAGGCUCUGGAGACUUCGCCGGGCGUUCUUGGCUGUUUCUUCCUCACGCUCUGCUUGCUCUUUUGUCUCUCCUUGCUGGACUACAGAACUGUGACCAGUGGGAUCCCGUUUCGUGGGCCGUCCUGGUUUGGGGCCAGUGAUAAUCAGUCAUUAUUGAGCUCUGAUGUAGAUCGGAAAUUGGUGGGAUUUCUUGAAGAAGACGGCUGCGAUAUCUUUGAGGGGAGUUGGGUGUGGGAUGAGAGCUACCCGCUAUAUGAAUCACAGGAUUGCUUGUUCUUGGAUGAUGGGUUUCGUUGUUCUGAGAAUGGUAGGCCUGAUAGAUUCUAUACCAAAUGGCGCUGGCAACCUAAACACUGCAACUUGCCCAGAUUUGAUGCAAAGAACAUGUUGGAGAAGCUGAGAAACCGGAGGGUUGUGUUUGUGGGAGACUCGAUUGGGAGGAACCAAUGGGAGUCCCUUCUCUGCAUGCUUUCUUCUGCGGUUUCUAACAAGAGUUCGAUAUACGAAGUCAAUGGAACUCCGAUCACGAAACACACUGGUUUCUUAAUCUUCAAGUUCGAGGAUUUCAACUGCACGGUUGAAUAUUAUAGAGCCCCAUUUCUCGUGGUACAAGGCCGUGCACCUGCUGGCUCCCCGAAUAAGGUAAGAAUGACUUUAAGGCUCGACCAAAUGGAUUGGAGCUCGAGUAAGUGGAAAGGUGCAGACGUGCUCGUCUUCAACACGGGUCAUUGGUGGAAUUAUGAGAAGACGAUUAGAGUGGGAUGUUACUUUCAAGAAGGCACGGAGGUGAAGAUGAAUAUGAGCGUGGAAGAUGCGCUUCACAGAUCAAUCGAAACAUUGGUCGAUUGGUUAGGUCAUGAAGUAAAUAUGUCCAAGACCCACGUUUUCUUUCGUAGCUAUGCUCCUGUUCAUUUCAGAGGUGGGGACUGGAAAACCGGUGGUAGCUGUCACCGGGAGACGCUCCCCGACCUGGGAUCAUCACAAACGGCAUUCAAAUCGUGGAUGGAGUUUAGCACGGUGAUCGAUGUUUUGUCAGAACGUCGGGAUUCAAGAUUGCAGAAAUUGGAAGUUCUGAACGUGACUGGCAUGACUUCUCGGAGAAAAGAUGCUCACUCGUCUUUGUACUAUUUAGGCCCCAAGUCGGGACCGGCUCCUCUUCACCGGCAAGACUGCAGCCACUGGUGCCUCCCCGGGGUCCCCGAUUCCUGGAACGAGCUCCUCUAUGCUGUCUUUGUCAAGCGGGAGCUCAAGAACGACUCUCGGUCGUCUCAGGUUAGACAGGCUGUGAAUCUUUCUCGACCAAGUACAAAAGCAGCCCUGGAACGUCACACAAAGUGACAAAGCCCCCCUCCGGUUUUCAGCCUUUGUAUAACCUCGAACACAAUCAUGUUCAAUCCUAGUAUCCUAGGAUGGGAAUCAUUCGAUUGGUAGAACAAAAUUCUUUUGCAGUCUGCAUCUGCUCGUCGAAUGGACUCGAUUGAGGAUGCUGCAUCACCAGAUGAGACUCAAACAAAUUGUUUGUACCAUUGAAGUGGAUUCAUUUGAUAACCAAAUUUAGGCCUGAUUUUUGCAUUUUGUAUACAGAAGAUCCUGUACAUGACAUUUUACCUUGUAUAUAUAUAUAUAUGAUAAAAAUUUUAAAGCUA